CCAUCUUUCAAAUGAUUCUAUUAACUGCUGACGGGCUUGCAUCUACGUGAGAACAUGUGGACGGCCUUCCUCCGUGGUCGUCCCUGUCUCAGCCGCGGUGGACCUGUCCAGCGAUUCUUUAUCCGCUUUUCGCCAUCCUCCCCAUUACGCCAUGUCCAUACACCAAAAUGUCCACAAGUUCACAAAAGAAACACACAGAGGAGGAUCUCUGUAAAAGGGAAAGUGUUAUUUGCAGGACUGAGCCCUGGGGUCUUUUUGCAACUGGCAGAAGAGGGGAAUGGCCAUGAAAAGACUGGGGAGGCCUUCAUGCUGGAGAAAUCUCGCGAAGAAGUCCGGAAAUCUGUUCACGAGAAUUUGAGAGGUUUUUCCAGGCUCCGUCAACAGCUCUACGUCUUCUGGUACUGCUACAUAUACGACCCUAUAGCCACUGGUGUCAGAUUUCUUAACCUGGUACUUAUCUUUGCGCCUGUUAUCCUCACGAUUCCUGCUGUCUGGUUUGGAAAGAGAGUAACUGCCCGCAAUGGAACGCGGACUGGAACAUUAUGGUGGUAUCGAUUCCUCGUCAGUGCUAUGCAGCGCGCUGGUCCGGCAUUCAUCAAACUCGGACAAUGGGCGGCAUCUCGCACUGACAUAUUUCCUCCUGAGCUGUGCAAUACGAUGUCCUCGCUCCAUUCGAGGGCACCUGCGCACCCACUUCACGUCACCAAGGAGACAAUAUCCAAGGCCUUCAAUGGGCUCCCUUUCGAGGAUAUCUUUGAGGAGUUCUAUGAGGAGCCACUUGGUGUAGGGGCGAUUGCCCAAGUCUACAAGGCGAGGUUGAAACCAAGCUUGGCGGCUACCAACCAAAGGGACCUUGUCCAAGAGCCCCACGACUUACGGGGGAAGGUCCGAAAGAACGUUGAUGCUAUUGUUAAAAUCACACCGCAAAGAGUGCCAUCAUUAUACGUGGCAGUGAAAGUACUCCAUCCAAAGGUCGAACAACUGAUCCGGAGAGACCUAAAAAUCAUGGAGUUUUUUGCGACAGUGAUCAAUGCUAUUCCCACCAUGCAUUGGCUAUCUUUACCUGACGAAGUUGUGCAAUUUGGAGAGAUGAUGAAACUUCAAUUGGACCUGCGUAUAGAGGGCACCAACCUAGUCAUAUUUCGGGAGAAUUUCAAGUCUCGUACGACCGCUUGGUUUCCUUAUCCAUACCUAGACUAUACUACUCGCGAGGUUCUUGUGGAGGAGUUUGCGCAGGGAAUUCCUCUGUCGACUUUCAUACAUGUCGGAGGAGGCGUCUACCAGAAAGAAAUAGCAAACCAGGGUUUGGACGCAUUCCUUCACAUGCUUCUGAUUGACAACUUUAUCCACGCUGAUCUGCAUCCUGGGAACAUCAUGGUUCGCUUCUACCAACCCAGUGAACUAGAUCUGUCGCUUCGGAAGCAUUCACGCGCAUCCGACGCACCGACUAGGGCUGAAGUUGACGUUACUGAGACCGUUCUUGCGCGGCUAAGGCCGUGUAUUCAUGAUUCAGACAAAUGGAGGGAAGUUUUGGAACAGAUAAAUGCUGAAGGCUAUCGCCCGCAGAUCCUGUUCAUUGAUACCGGCUUAGUGACUCAGCUCAACGAGACCAAUCGGCGAAAUUUCCUUGAUCUUUUCCGGGCUGUGGCAGAAUUCGAUGGGUACAAGGCCGGCCAGCUCAUGGUUGAGCGGUCUCGUCAACCCGAAGAAGUUGUUGAUCCGGAUAUCUUCGCUUUAAAAAUGCAACAUCUGAUUUUGAGCGUGAAGUCGCGGACUUUUGCAUUAGGUAAUAUCAAGAUUGGGGACGUCCUUAGUGAAGUGUUAUCAAUGGUCCGAAGCCAUCAUGUUCGUUUAGAGGGCGACUUCGUCAAUGUUGUCAUCUCCAUACUUCUUCUAGAAGGUAUUGGACGGUCUCUCGACCCAAACCUAGAUCUAUUCAAAAGUGCUCUGCCUAUCCUUCGCCAGCUGGGAUCCGGUACUACGUUCCUCAAGUCGGUCCGCUCCGGCGAUACCUCUAUGAUCCGCGUCUGGUUCGGACUUGAAGCUCGUACGAUGCUCCAGACGAGCGUGGACAGUGUCGAGCAGUGUGUCAAAUAUGACUUACUGUCUCCCAAUAUCUAA